AAACCGGACCUGUCUGGUUCCUGUUAGCACAAAAGCAAACUUCGAGAAAUCGUUACGUGGCGGUCAAAGGGUGGAAGCCGGGCUGAAACGUUUGUUGUGUAUUUGCAACCACUGCCUUGUGGGAAGGAGGAUCGGCAUCUGUCCCUCCCUACCCAGUCGGACGGUUAGAGUUACACUGUCUGAACCUGUUUUGAUCAAACAGCUGUUAAUGAGGAUUUACAUCUCACCGAAUUUUGGAACGUAGCCAGAGAGUCCGCCCCUCCACCAGACAGGGCCAGAUGUCGACAAAAACUGAAUUUACAGAGUCAAAGCAGCUAGUUAAGCAGGACAUGGACGAUUUCGGUUGCCAUGACGACGAUGACGUCAUCUUCAGCUGGCUUAUUCCCGAUGAAGAAGACUGGAUCGAUGGAGGGCGAGGCGGAGAAGUAAAUGGGAACAGCCAUGGAUCUGUAGGGAACACACUAGUGUCGAAACUCGAACCUGUGUGUCCCGCAAUGUGUUCAACUCAAGAUGCGUUGGAGAGAAGGAAAGAAUUGAACAAAGUUAUAGAAGCCACGCCUCCGCACGGUGGAAGGAACGGACACACAAGUCAGGAGGAGACUCACGAGUCCACCAGACCUGCCAUGUUUCCCGGGGUCAUGGUGGACACCAGUUAUCGCCAUACCACUGUGUCCUUUGGAGAGAAAGUGAAGGUGGUAGGAAGAGUCAUAGAUGGACUAAAAGAUGAUUUGAAUGUACAACAGACCGGAUUCGUGGUGUGGCCGGCUGCUAUGAUUUUGUCGCAGCACCUGGUGUCGCACCGUGAGCUGGUCCGUGCGGGGCGGGUGUUGGAGGUGGGUGCAGGGGUGGGGCUACCCGGGCUGGUGGCGGCCGCGCUGUCAGAGGACCCGAGCGGGGUGGUCAUGACCGACUAUGUGGAGGACGCCGUGGAUCUGAUGGACAUGAACAUCGCGGAAACCUUCGGAGAGGAUAACAAUCGACCGCAGGCCGCCAUCAUGGAUUGGGAUGACGACCCGUCAGUUCUUCAGGAGCAUCAUGGGACGUUUGACGUCAUCAUCGGUUCUGACGUUGUUUAUUGGCCGGUGUUGAUCGAACCCUUGAUUCGCACAGUGAAGGCUCUCUUAUCAAAUAAACCGACGUCGUGGUUCCUGAUGCUGUACAGCAGGAGAAACCCGAAGGCGGACAAGCUGCUUUUUCGGACAGCACUGAAGUACCGUUUGGACAGCAGGGAGCUGUCGCUGGAGCAGAACGCAGUUUACCACGCCGUGCUGAACCAUCCCGUGUACAGAGAGGACACAGACAUGUUUCAUCUGUACGAGUUUAGGCACAGCAAUGAACCAUGAUUGUGCUGUUCUUGACAAAAAAAUGGGAAAAUAUUUUCCGUCUUUUGAAAUUACCUAUAUCAAUACGUGUGGAUUGGUUUGAUUUCGUGUUGUUUUUGUCUUCACGCUGACAUUGGUUGUAUCAAAUUAAACUUAAGAUAAGGGUUUGACUUGAUGGAAGUACUUUUGUUCGUACCUUGAUAUGGUAUGGCUCGCGAUAUAUAUAGAAUAAUGAUUUUUGGUCCAAAGUACCCACGUUUAUACUAGGAAGCUGUAUAAUGAUAUAAUAUCCCUCUCCAUGAUGCCUUGCGAUUAUACAAUCCUACUGAAAUGUGUGUCUUCAUGCAUCCUUUAUGACUGUCAAACAAUUUGUCUUUGAAUGAAUGUCUUGAUGAUAUGUACCAAUG